UCUCCCUCUUACCCUCUGUCUGUGCCUUUGGGAGGGAGGGCUGAGCUCCUGGGGGGAGUGCAUCUGGGUUUGAGUUUCUUCCCAGCAUGCCAUUUUCUUCUCUCCUUCAACCCCAGCAAGAUUUGCAAUCCAUAGGGCUUAUUAUAGUUGCUCUUCCCUGGAUUCAACUUGAUAGAAGCUCCAGGUUGGAUGGGCUGGGAAAGUCAAGGAAGGCUUUCUGGAAGAGGUGGCACUGGAAGAAUUUUUGACUAGGCAGAGAGAAGCUGGGGGACAUUAGCAACUGAUAACCUUUGGCCAGGCUGUGCUUUCCUCCUUUCCUUCAUCUUUCCUGGGAAAAUUGGGCAAAGAGAGGAGGUUGGGAGACCCCAGUCUUGAUGGCUGUUGCUUACCUGGGAUUCUCAUACCCCUCAGAGCCACCCAGAUCCCUAGCUCUCUCCCUCUCCCCCACCCCCUCAGACUUCGAGCAGGAGUCAGGCGUUGAGACAGCCUUGCGGCUCAGCCCAGAUGUGGCCCUGGCAAUGUCCACCACGCCCGCUGUGCUGCCUACCACGGACAUCCAGCCUGUGGGCACCCCAUUGGAAGAGCUCCCCUCUGAGCGCCUCACGCCAGAGCCAGCCACCAGCCCCCUGAUGGUGACAGAAAUCACUGAAGAGCCCAGUCAGAGUGCCACCACCAUCUCCACUACCAUGGCUACCACUGCUGCCAUGACCACAGGGCCCCCGACUGUGGCCAUAGUGCCUGCCACAGUGCCCGCCACAGUGGCCACCAUUGUCCCCAGCACCCCUGCGGCAGCACCCCCUUCCACGGCCCCCACUGCUGUCAUAAGGACCACCGGCAUUCGGAGGCUUCUGCCUCUUCCACUGACCACAGCAGCCACGGCCCGGGCCACCACCCCCGCGGCACCCUCCCCUCCCACCACAGUGGCUGUCUUGGACACCGAGGCCCCAACACCCAGGCUGGUCAGCACAGCUACCUCGCGGCCAAGAGCCCUUCCCAGGCCGGCUACCACCCAGGAGCCUGACAUCACUGAGAGGAGCACCCUGCCCCUGGGGACCACUGCCCCUGGACCCACGGAAGUGGCUCAGACCCCAACUCCAGAGUCCUUCCUGACCACGAUCCGAGAUGAGCCUGAGGUGCCGGUGAGUGGGGGACCCAGCGGAGACUUUGAGUUGCCAGAAGAAGAGACCACACAGCCAGACACAGCCAAUGAGGUGGUGGCUGUGGGAGGGGCUGCGGCCAAGCCAUCACCUCCAUCUGGGACACUGCCCAAGGGUGCCCGCCCGGGUCCUGGCCUCCUUGACAAUGCCAUCGACUCGGGCAGCUCAGCUGCUCAGCUGCCUCAAAAGAGUAUCCUGGAGCGGAAGGAGGUGCUCGUAGCUGUGAUUGUGGGUGGGGUAGUGGGCGCCCUCUUCGCUGCCUUCUUGGUCACCCUGCUCAUCUACCGCAUGAAGAAGAAGGAUGAGGGCAGCUACACGCUGGAGGAGCCCAAGCAGGCGAGCGUCACGUACCAGAAGCCUGACAAGCAGGAGGAGUUCUAUGCCUAGCAGAGCCACAGUGCCUCCCUGCAGCCUCAACAUCGCCCUUCCGUCCAGUCCCCAGCCCGGCCCCGCCAGCCCAGGCCUGGGACUGGGCCCAGGAGGGAGCCUGCCCCCAGUUCUUCUCUGCCCUCCCUCCCAAGGCCUGCCCAGGCUGCCAGCCUCACACAGAUCUUCCCUGAGGAAAGGGGGUGCUGCCGUCUGCCCCAGCCUUUGCCCUAAGGAGCUCGUCUUUCUUCCCCUCCACCAGCCUGGGCCUUCAGGACCUCAUGUCAGAUGGACAGGAGGAAGGAGGCUCCUGAUUGGCUGGUGGAAGACAGGGUGGGGCUUGAGAUGGGCCUGAGCCUCAACCUUGGCCUCACAGGGCUCGCUGAGGUCUCUUUUUGGGGCAGAGAGGCACCCAGGCUGGUUUGCAGGACAAACAUUUGGCAAACACAGCUCUUGAAGUCAUCUAGACACUGCAGCCUCUCGCUCCUGUCCCAGGGCCUUGCUCUGCCUGGGUGAGAGGGUGUCCUUUGUCACCAGCCUGUUUUUUCCUGGCCUCUCUGGGGUUGGGGAUCACUCUCCCUGCUCCCCUGCCAAGUGCACAUGAGCCCCAGGCUCUGCUACUUUCUGCGUCUUCCUUGAGGAAACGGCUUUCUGCGGGUGCUGGGCAACACUGGUGAGGAGGGACUGCUCUAAUGUCCCUCCUGCGAGGAGACUUUGCACAGACACCAUCGCCUACACUGUCACACAUGUCAUGCGGUCAUACGCAAGACAAAACCAUGCAAUGACAAGAGCAUACACAAUCCUGACCACCCAGCCAAUCAAGACAUAUCACAGACACACACAUGCUUCCAAAGAUGCUUGUCCGCAUGCAUUGCUUAUACACCCCCCAUGCUGCAAUGCAAGUAACUGGUCAUGGUCACAUGGUGGUGACAGUGUGGCCUCCCCUACCCCCAGUACAUGCACACUCUGGUACCACACAUGGUGUCUCCAGCUUCCAGGCUCAUUGGGGAGGGUAGAAUCAAGCCGGAACAAUCAGCCCAUAUUGGGUCCCCCUGACUUGCCCGUCACACUCAGUUCCAUGGCACAGCGCCCAUACCAGCCACAUCACACCAACCCCAGCCUGUGUCAGACACAAUCCCACAUGGCUGCACGAGCUCACAUCACACAACCCUGCUCUCAAUGCUGGAGAGAUACAGGUGGGCCCUUGGCUUUCCUGAAAUCAAUGUGGGGCCACAAGCCCUCUCAGGGCAUUGCAUGGGGUGGGCCUGGCCUCGCCUCUGCCUGCCGCCUUUCCUCUGUAGUCUGUCUGCAAAGCAGGAGGCUGGGGGCCAGCUCUCCACCAGCUGGGGCUUCUCCAAGGCUGAGGAAGGGCGGGGUUGGUUUCUGAAAUUUGGCCCCAGACUAUGAAGGGUAUAUGGGUUUCCCAGGACCAAAGACCCCGGGUGGGGUGGGAGCAUGUGGUCAGGCACCUGGUCUCCCUGUGUCCCCUUCCCACUCUGAGUUAGGGGGCUGACUCUGCCUCCCAGGACACAAGUCUCCAAAGUGCCUGUGAGGGUGGGCCCUCCGCCCUGGCCCUCUGCACCCUCUGCCCUCUGCCUGGCCAGGCCAAUCUCACUCCACCCUGUUCUGAGCCCUCCUGUGGACACCUGCCCACCCUUUUGGCCACACAGCUGGCCCACAGCUGGAAGCAGCCUAGGCUGGUGCCCCAGGCCCUGAGGACCAGGGUUUGAGGGAUUAGACCGGGGGACAGUGGAGGAGGUAUCACCGGCCCCAGCUCACCUC